AUGACAUGUGCACUCUGCGGCGCCAAAGCUCAUAAUGUGAGAACUUGCCCCUUGCCUGGAAGAGAUAGGUACCUGAAAGCGCAAGAACAUGCUAGAAAGAUUCACUCCUGGUCGAAGCAGCCACAGAAAGGCAGAAAGCCGCCCCGUCUUGGUGGUGUGAACAAAAAAUUUAAAAAGCAGCGUGCAUUGCAAUACAGUGGGGCCAAGAAAGUUGAGUUGCAGAAAAAAAAUAGAAAUCAAAAUCGCAAGAAGACGGCUAGUCUUCCGCAGACUCUGGAGUCUCAACGUGCAGCUGUUGACACCUUGCAACGCUUGGGCUUUCUGCAAGAGCUACCUCGCAUUUGCACCACCUGUCGCCGAGGCACCUUUGGAGAAAGUCAAAUCACUUCCACUCAGCAAAUCUUUUGGCGAUGCAUAGAUUCAGACUGUCGCAAGCGAGUCAACGUCCUAGAUCUUGCCUCUUGGCUUCCGGACGGAGUUCGGCGCCGAGGAUACAGUCCGUUUCAACUUCUGCAUUUGCUCCGUGAGUAUGCUGCUUUGCGUGGUGCUCGCCCAGCAUCGCUCCAGGCCACUGCAAUCUCCGUGGGGAUCCAUGUGACUCUGGUGGGACGUCUUUUUGCUUGCCUACGUGGUCUGGAAGCAGCUGCCGGUGAAAAGUUGAGCCGUUCUCUGCAAGUCAAAAAUGCUGUUGAAGUGGAUGCCACUUCUGUGCGCACGGUGCGCAUUGGAAAAAAUAGCCAGACCUACAAAGAUCAGAUCGCACUUUGGAAGCGAAAGCAUCCCCACGCAGCAGAUCCACCUCAUUAUCUGGUACACUUUCGUGUUCUGGGUGCUUGUGAACGUGGUUCUGGUCGCAUGGUCAUUGCCCCAGCCUCCUUGAAAGUGUUGCCUGCGACAGCAAAACCACCUCAGGAGAGCAUUGCUGAAAUUGCCGGCCCACAGGUGCAUGAGAAGCUGGGACAGCUCGCAAGGAAUGUAUAA